AUGGCGACAAACGGGGACGUGCCAGCCCUAACUGCCGACGAGCAACGCCGGGAGGCGAAGACGCUCCAAAAGCUCCAGGAGCUAGGCAUCGACUACCAGGUGCAUCGCCACGCGCCGGUCGCGACCGUCGACGCCAUGGUGAAGGCCUCGUUUCGCGAGAAGGGCCUCAUCGCGGCGAAUCUCUUCCUGAAGGAGAAACAGCGGUUCUUCCUCCUGACAGUGACCCACGACCUGCCGAUUCCCCUCAAAGGCAUCGCCAAGCUGCUGAGCGCGCCGCGCAUGCGCCUGGCUGACGAGGAGCUCUUGGGCCCGAUGCUCGACGUCUCCAGGGGUUCCGUCACGCCUCUGGCGGCCAUGUGUGACGCGAAGAACGAAGUGACUCUCGUUUUCGACAAGGACAUGAAGGAGAACCCCGACCUCGUGGUGCUCGUUCACCCGCUGCACAACAAGGCGACCGUGGCUCUUAAAGCCGCAGACCUCCUCAAGUUCGUCGAGGCUUGUGGCCAUUCUGUCACCUGGAUCGACAUCGACGAGGCGGUGAAACUGGCUGCAGCUCCUGCGGGAGGCGCCGAGAAAGCCAAGACGCCGGCCAAGGCGCCUGCGGCGAAGGAGACUGUCAACGAUUCCAGCAUGUUGGGAGUGACUGUGAAGAAAGACGAGAAUUUCCCAGAGUGGUACACACAGCACAAGCUGGAGAAGGAGAAGGACCACGUCGAAGGCUUUUCGCCGGAAGUGGCGUGGGUAACUCACUACGGGGACAGCCCUCUCGCAGAGAAGAUUGCGAUUCGCCCCACCUCGGAGACGAUCAUGUAUCCCGCGUACUCCAAGUGGAUUCGCAGCCACAGAGACUUGCCUCUCAAACUCAACCAGUGGUGCUCCGUCGUCAGGUGGGAGUUCAAGCAGCCGACCCCAUUUCUGCGCACACGCGAGUUUUUGUGGCAGGAAGGCCACACGGCGCAUGCAACUGAGGAAGAAGCCUGGCAGCUUGUGCUCGAUAUUCUGGAACUCUAUCGUCGGUGGUACGAAGAGUGCUUGGCUGUUCCCGUGAUCAAGGGCGAGAAGUCCGAAAACGAAAAAUUUGCUGGAGGGAAGAAGACGACAACCGUCGAGGCGUACAUCGCCGAAAACGGACGAGGCAUCCAGGCUGCCACGUCGCAUCUGCUUGGCACGAACUUCGCGAAGAUGUUCGAGAUCGAGUUCGAAGACGAAGAGGGACACAAGCGCUUGGUCCAUCAAACCAGCUGGGGAUGCACCACCCGGUCGCUCGGCGUGAUGAUCAUGACCCACGGAGACGACAAAGGUAUCGUCCUCCCUCCUCGCGUGGCUUCUGUUCAAGUGAUUAUCAUUCCGAUCCUCUUUAAGGACGAGAACACCGCCGAGAUCGUUGCCAAGUGCAGGGAGUUGAAGGCGCUGUUGGAGAAGGCGGACAUCCGCGUGCGCAUUGACGACAGGCCUAACUACACGCCAGGGUGGAAAUACAACCACUGGGAAGUUAAGGGCGUUCCGCUGCGUCUCGAGUUGGGCCCGAAGGAUCUGGCCAAGGGCUCCGCGCGAGUGGUUCGGCGCGACACCAACGAGGCGUACCAAGUUCAGUGGGACGAGUUGGUGCCGAAGCUGCAGGAGCUGAUGGACGGCAUCCAAAAGAACUUGUUUGCCAAGGCCAAGGCGAGGCUCGACCAGGGCAUUGAGAAGAUCUCGACGUUCGACGAAGUGAUGCCUGCGUUGAACAGAAAGCAUUUGAUUCUCGCGCCGUGGUGCGAGGACCCCGAGUCGGAGGAGCAAAUCAAGAAGGAGACACAGAAACUCUCGGAAAUCCAGGCCCUUGAGGCGGGAGACUCGGAGCAAGUCAUGACAGGAGCAAUGAAGACGCUGUGCAUUCCCUUCGACCAGCCGCCGAUGCCAGAAGGAACGAAAUGCUUCUACACGGGCAAACCUGCGAAGCGUUGGGCGCUCUGGGGCCGAAGCUACUAA